AUGAUUGAAGAAGAAGAAAAAAUUGUAUUUUAUUUGGAAGAAUUAGAUACUAAUUUUUCUAAAAUUAAUAGGACCUUGAAGGAAAUCGAAGAGAGAAUAGAAAAGAUCUAUUUGUUAAAUUCUAAGGUUGUAUCCGAUUAUAACCCUAUCAUCAAAAUUUUUAAAGAUCAUAAUAGUUGUAUCGCUGAAGAUGUUGAUAGUUCGCUUAUUAUGAAUGGCAAUUUACCGAAAGAUCCUUUUAUUGAUUCGAAAAUUGGCACUUUUGAAAAAGAUUCGUCAUCGACUCUUAAUGAUCCAAAAAUAUAUAGUGAUUCUUAUAUUGACGAGUCUUCAUCUACUGAAAUAAAUGAAUUUGAUAUUGAAAAAAUACCUGAAAUUUUUAAAAAAGAGGAAGAUUUUUUUAAGGUCUAUAAUUUCAUAUUGAGUUGUAAAAGAGUUAAGUUUGAGGACAUUGUGGAUACUUUUAACAGUGCAGAUUACAAUAAAAUUUGUGUUUAUUUAGAAGUACUAAGAAAUAAGAAAUUUAUUAAGAAAAAGGGGUCCGUAUUUUAUAUAGAUUGA